AAAAUAUACUCCAAAGAAACCAAGAGCUAAAGCUAUUUCAUCUGGGAAAUAUGCUAAAAAUAAGGGAGAAAAGGUACCAGAUUGGAGAAGGCACAUUAUCCCAAAAUACCAUGAAUUAAAGCACUGUAAUUAUAAUCCUGAGAGUAAGUAUUAUACCACUGAUAAGAUUAAUAAUUUUAUAAGAGAAAUAGAAGAAAUCGAAGCUGAAAGCACCAAGUAUGAAAGUGGUAAAUAUCCUGUUCACCAAAAUCAUGAUAUGAUCUGGUUUAUGGAAGCAGAAUAUAACUAUUUAAGGGAAUUAUAUCAUUCCAGUGAAUAUGAGAAAGAAAGGAAGUCAG